AUGGACGUGAUCAACGUGACCAUCCGGUGCUUCUUGGUUCUCUUCACCUUCUACGUUCAAGGAGGAUUGUCUGGGGAAUAUGAAGUUCACCUCGGAGCAAAUAUCCGUCUACAGAGAGUGAAACGUCAAAGCAAACCAUCAAAAUCAGUGCUGCAGGUGACGGAUUUCCACGUCCGGUGUUCGGUGGCGUCCCGCUACGCCGUGACCACGGUGCAGAGCUCAGUGUGGAACCAGCUUCCUGUCGUCAAGGAGGCUGCGUUCGAGGUGGACCUGCCCUCGUCUGCGUUCAUCUCCAACUUCAGCAUCACCUCCAACGGGAAGCUGUACGUGGCCCAGGUGAAGGAAAGAGCUGCGGCCAGGAAGAUAUACGACGCUGCCAAGAAGCAAGGGAAGACGGCAGGACUGGUUGCUACCAAAGAGCGUGAGAUGGAGAAGUUCCGCGUGGCGGUGAGCGUCCCGUCAGGAGCUCACAUGUCCUUCUCUCUCUCCUACGAGGAGCUGCUCCCCCGACGGCUCGGCCGCUACCAGCUCAGUUUGGGUCUGAGGCCCGGGCAGCCCGUGCAGAACCUGACGUUAGACGUGAGCAUCACGGAGCGGACGGGCAUCAGCUUCAUCAGAGUUCUUCCUCUCAAGACGAGCCGGCUGCUCUCCAACACGGAGAAAGCCGGCGACGCCCCCCCGGCCUCCACCCGGGUGGAGCGGAGCUCCGGCUGCGCUCGCGUUCGCUUCAGCCCGACGCUGCAGCAGCAGACCACCCUCUCCCCAGGGGGUCUGGACGCUGACUUCAUCGUUCAGUACGACGUGGACAUCAGAGACGUGUUAGGUGACGUCCAGGUGUACGACGGCUACUUCGUGCACUACUUUGCACCCAGGGGACUUCCUGUGGUUCCUAAGGACGUUAUAUUUGUCAUCGAUGUCAGCGGCUCAAUGAUCGGCACCAAAAUAAAACAGACCAAACAGGCCAUGAGCACCAUCCUGGCCGACCUGAGGGAGGGAGACCACUUCAACAUCAUCACCUUCUCAGACAAGGUCCACACGUGGAGGAGGGGCCGGACGGUGAGGGCGACUCGGCAGAACGUGAGAGACGCCCGAGAGUUCGUGAAGAGGAUCAUUGCCGAAGGAUGGACCAACAUCAACGCAGCUCUGCUCUCGGCGGCCCAGCUCGUCAACCCUCCGUCCUCCGGCUCGUCCGAACGCCACACGUCUCGCCGCGUCCCGCUGGUCAUUUUCCUCACCGACGGCGAAGCCACCAUCGGAGUAACGGCCGGCGACACCAUCCUCAAUAACGCCAAGAAGGCCCUGGGCUCCGCCUCCUUGUUCGGUCUGGCCUUUGGCGACGACGCCGACCUCCUCCUCCUGAAGCGUUUGGCGCUGGACAACCGCGGCGUGGCCCGGAUGGUUUACGAGGACGCGGACGCCGCUCUGCAGCUGAAGGGAUUCUACGAUGAGGUGGCCAGCCCUCUGCUCUCGGACGUCCAGCUGUCCUACCUGGACGAGCAGGCGUUCGACAUCACGCGCUCCAUGUUCCCAAACUACUUCCAGGGCUCGGAGCUGGUCGUGGCCGGGAGAGUCAAACCGGGGGUGAAAGGUUUCCAGGUGUCGAUGUCGGCCACCGAUGCAAAGCAGCGAGUGAACCUGGAGAACGAUGUGCUGGUCUCUCAGGCGAAGGGCAACCAGAGCGCCGGUUCCCUGGAGUGUGGGGGGGCGUUGGGAGGCGUGUCCAGCUUUGUGCAGCGUCUCUGGGCGUAUUCCACCAUCAAAGAGCUGCUACUCGCCAAACUCAACACCAGUGACCCGGCGGCGCAGAGGCUCUUUGCCGACAAGGCCACGAACCUGUCCCUCAAAUACAACUUCGUGACGCCGGUCACCUCUUUGGUCGUAGUGAAGCCGGACGCAGACGAAGCAGCUCCGACGCCGACCACCGCCAAACCCACCACCGCCAAACCCACCACCGCCGCCACCAUAACCACAACCGGGACGACGACGGCUACGACCAAACCAGCAGCCGACGGCGCCGCGAGGAAGCCCAGCGCGGCGUCGAACUCCAGGCCGAGCAGAACCAGACCAGACUCUCCUCAGUCGCCUCCGAACAAGAGAAGCUCCUCCCCAACUUCCACAGCGAGAACCUCGUCCAGGAAAACCACCACGACCUCGGGUCCCAGUCCGGCUAAAACUGCCCCGGCACCGUUAUCUGGUAAGAAGAACGAUUCCAGGAGCGGCUCUCCUCCUCCGGCUGGGAGGAUCUCCACUCCUCUGCUUCGUGCUCUGAGGACCGCGGCACCGCCUGCACCCGGGAGACUCUCCAGCACCCCCCCGCCCAACGCCACGAAGACCACCACCACCUCCACGCCAGCGUUCACCCCCAUGUCCCCGGGCAGAAGCGCCCCUGCUCCUCUGACCGGGAGACCCCUCAGCCCACAGCCCAACACCUCCAGGGCGGCUCUACCUCCUGUCAAAGCGACAGCGCCCCCUGCAGAGCUGGAGAGCAGCAGCACGUCUGCUCCAGAUGUUCCUCAGCCUGGAAACAUCUCCUCCCUGCCCGAGCCGUCGCCCCCCCUCACCUCACCGCCCCCCCCGGCACCGGCUGUGGAAGACAACGACACGAAUGCAGUCGGUGAACCGGAGGUCAGCUUCGCCACCCUGGUGUCAGCGACCUUUGCCCCCAUGCCCGGGGUGACCGACGGGCCGCGGCUGUGGGAGGCAGCCGGGCUUCUGGAUGUCUCCACUUCCAUCCAGAUCCAGAGAAAAGAUUUUGACCUUGUGAAAGACUACGAACCUACUUACGACUACGACUACGACCUCAACUAUGACGCCUGGGACGAUUCUGCCGACACGGGAUCCUUCGUGCUUGGGAGUGAGGAGGACUGUCCUUCAGUUGAAUGUCUUAUGCUUUUAGAACCUCCGUCCCGGCUGAGCACCGUGAGGGUCUUCUCCUCCUCAGUCGAUGGAGAUCCACAUUUUGUGCUCCAGCUGCCGAAGCUGCAUCAGAACUUGUGUUUCACGGUGGACGGGAGAGCUGAUGAUGUUCUCAGGCUGCUGGAGGACCCAGACAGAGGGAUCAUAGUGGACGGUCACCUGAUCGGAGCUCCUUCCAAACACGGCUCGGAGGACCGGACCCGAACUUACUUCGACCGCCUCACCAUCUCCACGGGCGCCGGUGGGAUCCUGAUCACGGUGUCCCUGGACGCCGUGGUGGUGGAAGGAGAGGGGCGGGACAUCCUCCCCAUCAACCAGCAGGGCUCGGUGCUGAGGCAGGGCGUGGCCGUCGCCGUGGACAACCACCAGAGCUGCCGGAUCGAGCUGGCCAGGGAUGUUCGGUUCCUGGUCCUGUUCCACCACUACAAGCAUCCCAGUUACCUUCAGAUGGCUCACCUGGGAUUUUACAUCACAGACGGACGAGGGCUGUCCGCCUCAACCCGAGGGCUUCUGGGCCAGUUUCAACACGCUGACAUGAGCGUCACGGGGGUGAAAGGUCGUCUGGAGGUCGGAGUUUCCGCCCGAGGCCUCCUGAGGUGGGGGUCGGAGCACGUGCCGGUGACCCUGCAGGACAAGACGCUGAAGGACUCGGUGCGGAGACGCCACCAGGGCAAGUGCUGGGUGGUGCCCAAGGCCGAGGUCCACAGACUCCUGGGCCGACCGUACGAGAGCUACGUGGUGGAGCACGUGUGA